AUCCAUGAAUCCAUCUGUGGCGAAUUCGGAUUCAUAAUCUUUUCAUAAAGGCGACGACUUUAGCAUGAAAUUAUAACAGAUGGGUUAAAAAAAUAAUUGCAUAUAAGCAAAAUGGUGGAUUUUGUAUACGAGAAUGUGUGUGUGUGUAUAUAUGUAUGUAUGUAUGUAUGGAAUCGCGCCGCUUCUUCCACUUCUUCUUGAAAUACAUGUCUAUAUCGGUCGAGGAGAGAGCACCAAAGCUUCGAUUUUUUCCCUUUGAAUAGAGGUUUCAUUCUCUUGACUUUGGUUAUACAUAAAACCCACGUCGCCGAAAGCCUCCAGACGACGGAUUCAAAGUAAAAAUCCAAACUUUUUUGGAAGAUUCGAUCUCACGACUCGACGGAAAACCCUCUCUUUCUUGUUUUUCGCUUUCUGGGUUUUCUUUCGCUCUUCCGUGUAGAAGUGAUGAAAGCGAGAUUGGUGGUUUUCCCGAUCAAAGGGAGGAACUGGUGUUUCAGCAGAUCCAUCGAACAUUCCGCCGGUCAGUCUCCGUCCGGCGAUACUCCGACCACUCUUCGGAGCCUGUGGAAGAAAAUCUCGUCCGAAUCCAAGCCCAUCAACGCCAAUGCCGAGCUUGUCGUUGAUUUCAUCUCUGACAAGAUGAAUAGGGCGUGGAUGGGUCUGGAGAAGGCACCAGAAGGGUCAAUGAAGAACAAGAUUCACGGGUUGGGAUUGCGGCUCCUGGCUCGUGUUAAGCCCUCUGAGAUUUUCUUGAAGUCGAUAUCCAAGGAGGUGACGGCUGUUGAAGUCACUUAUCCUUCGAGUUUAGAUCCUAAACUUGUACGGCGGAGACUAUAUCAUAUCGCCAUGAGAGGAACAAUCCUCCAUAAGAAGUUCCUUAUGGGUUCAGUGACUCUGCUUCCAUUGACCAGCGUGUUCAUGGUGUUGCCACUUCCUAACAUUCCCUUCUUCUGGGUCUUGUUCCGUACUUACUCCCACUGGAGAGCUUUUCAGGGAAGCGAGAAGCUUCUUCAGCUCAUCUCAAACCAGUCACAGUGCCAAAAGAAACAAGAAUCCGACUCUUCCACCUCAUGGGUCUUGCAGCCAUCAGAAGAGCUUGAGAGGCUUCUUCUCAAGGGCAAGGAGGAGGGGCUUGAUGAGGGGGACAUUCAAGAUAUCUGCAAGUUAUUCCAUUUGAACAAACUCGACGUUCUUAAAUACCGAAACCAAGUCUAAAGCCAUAUGCUUUUUUGCUUGCGUUGAACAGUUUUCAAAAGACAGAACCUUUGAAAUUGGCAAAUAAAACAUCUCCUAUUCAGCUUUCUGAAUGAUUUAUA